AUGCCAACGAUCUUCUCGUCAGGGGAGGUUUCCUGCGCAUACUCGGGUGUCUUCCAUCUCUUGCCACUGGGUCUUCGGGUGCAGGACAAGCUAGAAAAGCUUAUUGACAAGCAUAUGCGCACGCUGGGCGCUUCAAAGGUUGCGCUCUCCUCAAUUUCUUCCCAAGAGCUAUGGGAGCAGUCCGGACGGCUGACCGGAGACUCUUCGGAGGUCUUUCGGUUCGAAGAUCGAAAGGGCGCCCGCUUUCUUCUGGCUCCGACUCAUGAGGAAGAGAUCACAAGUCUCGUGGGAAAUUUGACUACAUCCUAUAAGAGCCUCCCCUUGAGGGUAUAUCAAAUAACGCGGAAGUACCGUGACGAAGCAAGGCCGAGGCAGGGUCUCCUUCGGGGUCGAGAAUUUGUCAUGAAAGAUAUGUAUACAUUCGACUACAAUGUCGAAGAGGCCCUGAAGACCUACCAUGCAGUCAAACACGCCUACACGAAGCUUUUCGACGAGUUGAAAAUCCCGUACCUCGUCGCUGCGGCCGACUCUGGUAACAUGGGUGGGACUUUGAGUCAUGAAUUCCAUUUUGUUAGUGCCAAGGGCGAGGACCGAAUUAUCAGUUGCUCAGAAUGCGAUCAUGUCUAUAACGAGGAACUCGCAGACGGCAAGAGCCACAGCUCUUCAGAAGAUGUUCAAGAGCAUAUGGCGCCUGGCUUUCAAACAGAAGAUACAGUGCCGGUUGAAAGCCGCUCCAGGGUCUCGACGGGCAUGUGGAUGGCCAUCUCCCAAGAUGGAAAUACUCUGCUUCGAGGCUGGUAUCCCAAAUACUCGAUGGACGAGGCGUCCUCCGAGCCAGUGGAGCGCCACGUCAACUCCCAUGCCGUGAAGGCUAUCGCGACGGCAGCUAACAUCCAACUUGAUCUCAGCGUUGAAAAUCCACUGCAGAAGUGGCUCUCUCGCGUCAAACUCCGAUCUUCUUCCUCAAAGCCACACAUCUUGGAUCUGUACGACUCGCAGGUGCGGGUAUUCCAACGCCCACCACUCAGUGAUAUUCUGCAAGAGUCUGGCUGUACUGCUGCGGAUAUCGAGUAUAACAUGCUCGACACCUUCCCCGGAACCACGAAAAAACUCAGUCUCAUUCGAGUACAUGAUGGCGAUAAGUGUGCGCAAUGUGCAGAUGGCGUACUGACCAGCAAUCCUGCUGUCGAGCUAGGUCACACUUUCCAUCUGGGCACCCGGUACAGCGAAGUUCUCAAUGCCUCCGUCUCAGUCAAUUCCGCUGUCCUUGAUGGAUCGGUGGACAAGGGUGCAACGUCCACCAAAGAACUGAUUGUUCCCAUGCAGAUGGGCUGCCAUGGCAUCGGAGUCUCACGCAUGGUCUCAGCCAUUGUGAACCGGUUGGCCGAUGACAAAGGGCUCAAUUGGCCACGCGCUGUUGCCCCCUUCGAGGUUGUGGUUGUACCCGGCAAGGGACUGGACUCGGUAGCCGAAGAAGUCUACGACCGCCUGGCAGUGGGUAACACAAGCCACAUUGACACUCUUCUUGACGAUCGAGACAAAGGCAUGGGCUGGAAGCUGGGCGAUGCCGAUUUGAUCGGCUACCCUGUCAUCGUGGUGAUUGGCAAUGGCUGGAAGAAGCGUCAGACACUCGAAGUGCAGUGCCGCCGCCUGGGUGUCAAAGAGGAGGUACCCCUCGAGGAACUUCCUUCUUUCGUACGGGAGCUGCUCUCUCAGCUGUAG